AUGAACUCGGGACUUCGGGGCCGUCUGCUGAUGAAUGGGGCUGGGGGAGGUGUAGAUACACCUGGAGGGUUAGACUGCGGCAGCAGCAGCAGCAGCUGCAGCAGCAGCGGCAGCAGCGGCAGCUUGCUGCGGCUGUCGCUGCUGCAGCAGCAGCAGCUGCUGACGCAGAAUUUGACUUUGUCUGCUGCUCUUGAAGUUGCAGUGGAGGGGGAGGGGAGGGUCUGCUCGGUGCUGCAGCAGCAGCAGCUGCUGCUGCAGCGCGCUGCAGCAGCAGCAGCAGCAGCAGCAAAGCAGCAGACUCAAGUCAAAACUGAACUGCAGAAUGCCAAAAGCGAAGCUGCUGCUGCUGCUGCUGCUCUCGAGGAGGAAAGGCGCAGCAGCAAAAGAGCAGCAGAAGAGGCCCAGGCAGAGAUACAGCGGCUGCGCUGCCACACAGAGCAGCUGAAGGAGCAGCAGCAGACACUGGAGACGCAGCUGGCAGCAGCAGCAACAGCAAGAGAGCAGCAGCAGCAGCAGCUGCAGCAGCAGCUGCAGCAGCUCAAAAAGGAGAAGGAAGAAGCAAACGAAACUGCGCAGCAGCAGCUGCAGCAACAAGCCGCAGACAUUUCCACACUGCAGCAGCAAGUUGCUGCGCUGCAGCAGCAGCUUUCGGUGAGCCAGGCGGAAGUGUCUGUACACCUGGAGGCAGCAGCAGCGGCGCAGCAGCAGCAAGCAGCAGCAGCAGCUGCUGCUGCGGAUUUGAAAGACAAAUUAAAAGAAAGGGAAAUCUUUUUGGAGGCACAGCUAGCUGACAAAGACCUUUCUUUCCAGCAGCAGCUGCAGCAGCAGCAGCAGGAACUGCAGCAACAGCAGCAGCUGCUGCAAAAGCAGCAGCAGCAGCAGGUGCAGCAGCUGCAGCAGCAGCUGCAGGAGCAGCAGCACCAGCAACAGCAGCUGCAGCAGCAACUGAAGCUGCAGCAGCAGGAACUGCAGCAGCAGCAGCAACUGAACCACCAGCAGCAGCAAGAGCUGCAGCAGCAGCUACAGCGGCAGCAGCAGGAGCUGCAGCAGCAGCAGCAACAGCAUCAACAGCAGCAGCAGGACCUACAGCAGCAGCUGCAGCAGAAGGAGGGAGAGAUAGCUAGGAUGCUGCAGGAGGCCGACAGCAGCAAUCAGCAGCAGCGGGAAAAGCAGAAGAAAGAAGAGGAGCAGCGUCAGGCUGCUUUGCUGCAGCAGCAGCAGCAGUACGAUGCUUUGCUGCAGCAGCAUCAGGCAGAGGCUGCAGCAGCAGCAGCAGCCCUGCAGAAGGAAAUAGCCGAACAGAAGGAACUGACUGAAAAGCAGCUGAGGAGGAUCAAAGACCUUGAAGCAGCAGCAGCAGCAGAUGCAGCAGCGGCAGCAGCAGCAGCAGCAGCAGCAGAAGCGGCGGGAAAAGAGAAGGCGGAAGCAGCGAAAGAGCAGCAAACAGCAGCAGCAGCAGCAGCAGCGGAGAAGGAGAAGGCGCAGCAGCUGCAGCUGCAGCUGCAGCAGAGGGAAGCCGAGCUGCUGCAGUUGCAGCAACAGGCGCAGCAGCAGCAGCAGCAGCAGCAGCAGCAGCAAGACCGGCUGCUGGCCGAGGCCCUGAGCCGCUGGGAGGAAGAGAAGCAGCAGCAUUUGAAAGAUGGAGACAAAUAUAAAAUAAAAAUAAAUGAAUUAGAAUUAGAAAACGAAAGGCUGCAGCAGCAGUUGCAGCAGGCUGCGAGCCAGCUAGCAGCAGCAGCAGCAGCAGCGCAGCAGCAGCAGCAGCAGCUGGCCGAGGCCAGGCAGCAGCAGCAGCAAAGCGAAGCAAAGCUCAAAAGCAUCACACAAGAAGUCAAUGCCCUCAGCAGCAUCAAGAAGCAAAUGCAGGAAGAGCAGCAGCAAGUCGAGUGGGCUGCUGCAGCGCAUGCAGGCAAAGCCACAAACAGCAGCAGCAGCAGCAGCAGCAGCUACUGGAGCAGCAGCAGCAGCAGCGCGGAAGAACUCGGCAGCCCCAAAGCAGCAGCAAGCGCAUGCACUGCAGCCAGGGCCCGCAGGGCCAGGCCUUCUCACACCAGCAGCAGCAGCAGCAGCAGCAGCAGCAGCUUGUGCGAAGAGGACAUGCAGGUGGAGGAGGAAGGGCAGGGAGGCGUCUAUACACCUGAAGGCCAUGCUGAUGGCGCCAAAACUUUUAUUCGACGACACUCUUUGCGUUUAAAAAAACAAAAAUCAAAAUUAAAAACAGAAAGUGAUUUCGAAGCAAAAGCAGACCCUGCUGCUGCUCACGGGGCAGCAGCGGCUGCAGCAGCAGCAGCAGCAACAGCAGCGGCUGCUGCUGCGCCCCACAGGGCCGGGGAACAACACAGAAAGAAGUGA